UCAGAGGAACUUCCCUUCCAGGAAUCCGGAAGUGGAGCUGCAGAGGGACUGGCAGAGAUUUUGUGACUGACUGCCCUGUGAGGAGGAGUGCAAAGUCCAGGCCAAGGGAGAAGUCUUCCACACCUGUGCAGGCGCAGAGGUUCAGGAAGGGCCAUGGCCUCAGCCACAGCUACCAAGAAGAUGAGGGAGGAAGCCACGUGCUCCAUCUGCUUGGAGGUGAUGACAGAGCCCGUGAGCAUCCACUGUGGGCACAGCUUCUGCCGCCGGUGCAUAGAGGGAAUCCUUCAGAACGUACAAGGGACGUCAUCCCAGAGGGAGUCCCAAUGUCCCCUGUGCCAGAUACCAUUUCAAAGGGAGAGUCUCCGAUCCAACAAGCAACUAGAAAACCUCAUUCAAACUCUCAAGGAGAUUGACCGUGAGAGGCUGUGUGAGGAGCACGGGGAGCGGCUCCACCUGUUCUGUGAGGACGACGGGCAGCCCAUCUGCUUGCUCUGUGAGCGCUCCCCCCAGCACAGAGGACACCGCACGGCUCUAGUGGAGGACGUGUAUCCAGGCUACAAGGAAAAGCUCCAGGAGAUUGUGACAAAACUGAAGGGAGAGCAAGACCUCUGUAAGAGUCUGAAGUUGUUCAAAAAAGAUGAAAUAAGACAAUGGGAGGAGAACAUAGAGCUUCGGAGACAAGUAAUCCAGUCUGAGUUUAGGAAUCUCCACUACUUCCUCCAUGAGGAGGAGAGGGAUUAUUUAAGGAGACUAAAGAAAGAGAAAAAGCAGCUGCUGAGGAGACUGCAGGAAGGUGAAGCCAGUCUGGUAAAGCAGAGCUUUGAAUUUGAGAACCUUAUCCUGAAAUUAGAGAAGAAAUGUCAAGGAUCAGCCCAGAAUUUGCUGCAGGGUGUGAAAGACACAUUGAAAAGGCAUUCAGAUGUGAAGCUGAAAAUACCAGAGGUCAUCUCUCUGGACUCUCAAACUGUAUGCAAUUUUUCUCAGCUUUACUUUGAUUUGAAGAAAAUGUUACAGCGCUACCAAGUCAGCGUGACUCUGGAUCCAGAAACAGCUCAUUGUGAACUAAUUCUGUCUAAGGAUCAGAGACAAGUGACCCGUGGCAGCCCCCAGGAGAAGCAUCUCAGUUUUAGGAGAUUCUGUUUCUUACCCUGUGUCCUGGGCUGUGAGGGCUUCACCUCAGGAAGACAUUACUUUGAAGUGGAUGUGGGAGAGGGAUCAGGGUGGGACAUAGGAGUUUGUCUGGCAAAUGAGCAGAGUUUCAUUGUCAGGACCCCAGAGCCUCAGUCUGGCUUCUGGGCCAUCAGACUCUGCCAGGAGAAUGGCUACAUGGCCCUUACCUCUCCGCCAACUCCCCUUGCAUUGAAGGAGCAGCCCUUGCUGGUGGGAGUUUUUCUGGCCUGUGAGGCUGGACUUGUGUCCUUUUACAACAUGAACACGGGUUCCCACAUCUUCACCUUCCCAAGGGCCUCCUUCUCUGGUACUCUUCAGCCUUAUUUCCAGGUUAAUCAUUGUUCUCCUUUAUUCCUCCCUCCACCACAAGAGUCAUUUUAAGAAGAGUCUAUUUUGUUUAACUAUUAUAGAAAUAUAAUGUGCUGCAGGAGGCCUUGAUGCCCCGGCCAGAUAAGACACUGGCAAGCAGCGAAGCCCAAAGGGCCUCACACCGUGGGGCCGAAGCCAAAGGGCCUCACACCGUGGGGCUGAAGAUUCCUUGUGCCUCACACCGUGGGGCUGAAUAUUUAACAUUCCUUCACUUUUUGUUCUUGGUCAUAAAUAAGAAAAAAUUUUCCAAAAAAGUACAUUAGGCACUAUAUUAUAUGCAUCAGUAUAUUGCAAAUAAACGGCAUGGAAAAUUAGAAACUAAUUAUUAAACGAUUUGGCCUACUUGACAAUGGAAGACAACUUAUUGAGCAUACCUGACAAGCAUUACAAUACAAUAAUUAUAGUAGGUCCUUCUAUUUUGUUUUCUCUUGAAGUUUCUUGGGAAAUUUUUUAAUAUGAAGCUAUUUGAGUUAAGGAGUUUCUAGGUAGAAAAAGUUCUGAUAGCUGAACAGCAGCUGGUCUCCGGCUGAAGGUCAUGUGAAUAGAAUAGUCCUUUGAUGCUUAGGCUUUAGCUGAUAGGGAUGCACUGGCAGUUAUUCACUGUUUUAAAUAAUUUUCUAAAUGAAAAAAUAAGUAGCUUUAAUGUUAAGUUUGGUUUAUUAUCUGUUAACCUUGAAAGCUGCCAUCUAGCUGAGAACUGUAGGGGCCAGUAGUCUAUGGGAAACAUAAUAUACUAAUUGUUUUUGCUUUACACAUGAUAAUGUAUUUCCUUAUUAUUAUUACUAAUAAUAAAUAAAUAAAGACCUGCUGAGUCUCUCGGCAGAAGAUACUAACACCUCACCAAGUGUCGGUGUCUCCUCAUUUCCCUCCCCCUCAGCCCUUAAGUUUCAGUUCUUUCGUUUUCGCCGACGCCGUCUCAUCCUUUCAGGAACCCCUGACACGACUUUUUGCCGGAGGCUGGUCCCCGGAAAGUGGCGCCCAAACAGGGACUUGAAAGGUAAAAUUUCUUUCCCGAGCGGGGACGGCUAGGAUCUGCUCCAUAGGGUAGGGCGCAUACCCGCCUGUAGAAAAAGCAGGUUUGAGGGAAACAGUAAGUCAGAACCGUAAUAAGGCGAGUGAGUGUCUUAUCGUUGAGAAGCUAUGGGCCAUACUGAGUCUAA